ACUCUGACGCAUGCGCUCCAGUUUCCCGAAAGUCAACAGCAACAGCGGAAACUCAACAUGGCUCCCAAACUUGAACUUGUGGCGAUCGUGUGGCUGAUCAUUCUCUCUCUGAUCCCCCCGGCCGAGGCUUACGAUGCGGGCGACGCUUUAGCCCUGCUCCUGGGCACCACAUUGACCGUGGUGGGUUUCUGCGCCUUCCUCGGCUGGUACGCACGCAGGCGGAACGGACAGAUGUGAGCGAGACUCUCUUGAUUGUGCGCCUGUCCUGCCAUGUUAUCCUCCACCGCAUUAAUACCUCUUAUAUUAUAUCAUAUCAUAUGGACUUUCUGGCAUUAUGUUUGUGUGGAAGCGACUAAUAAGAAACGUGCCUUAUUGGAAUGAAUACGUUAAGCGCAACAGGAACCACGUGGACUGUUGGAGAAGGAGACAGACAUCUAGGAAGUCCAAAACCAGGAACUGUUUAUUUGUUGCAUGGCUGAGAUGAAAGACCAAACACGGUUUCAUUCUAUAUGAAAAGACUGCUGCAGUUACUGUAUAUUCUCCUGUGGACGCUUGCAUUGCAUGUUGCGCAUAUUCUGCCAUGCUUGGAGUGAUCACUGUGAUUUCCUGACAUGUUUAUGUCUGCAAUGCGCAACACAUCAUGGUCAAGCACAAUAUCAACAUGUGGUUGGCCUGUAUGAAAAGAGUGGAGCUGUUGUUGCAAUUUCUGCUGUCAAAAUGUGUACCAAAAGCUUUGAGAAUAAUAAACUGAUUGAUCUGAUGCUCUUCAUAA